AUGGACGAAACCCAGCAAGCAGCAGUGGCACAAAUGAAAGAAAUCACAAAUUGUAAUGAGGACACUGCCAUGGACUACCUUUUCCGCACAAAUUUUGAUGUCGAAAUCGCUGUUCGGCAUUUCUUCGAGGGAACGAUUCCAGCUACAAUGAGAGAUGAGCGGACUCCAACUGCCUCGACUCCAUCUUCUUCAGUGACUGCAUUGCCUUCACCAACAGAAGAAAGGACUAGCAGUACCAGCAGUACCAGUAGGCCAGGUCCCGUUUUGCCACGGUACCACUCCCUCAUACAAUUCCUCGCUGAGUUCUUCACAUUGCCUGUCAGACUGCCGCUCAUUAUGCUCAACUACGUGUACAAUUAUUUCUUUGGAGUCUCCACACCAGUCUACACACACAUUUUUGACUACCUGUCGAAAGAAUUCCCUCAAUAUGAUGCAAACAAAAAAUCAGUAUUCUACAAACAUCAAUUGCAGAGUCUGCGUAACGACUUGCCAACAAAGAACUGGAAAUGGCUCGUUGCCUAUAUCCACGACCCCAAUGGAAGUCCGGAUUUCCUUCAUUCCUUGUUUGUGUCCAACUUUGCUGAGCAAGUCAGAACCCGUGGUGGUGUCUUCUUUGGAUGUGUGAUGGGAUCCCCGGAUGCUGCAAAACUGCGCCCGGACAGUGUAUUCGGAAGAAAACGCAAAAGCUGUGUCAUUGUUUUUGUGAUCAAAGCUACCAGUUUGACCAGGAAGCUUAUGAUCGAAGACCUUUCAAACCCCCAAGCAGUCGCCACCAACAUCGACUUGGCUCUCAUCGACCUCAUCACCGACGAAGCCGACCGUAUCCUUCGUAGCAGAGAACAAAACGAGGCGCGUCGUCUGAUGGAGGAGCAGAACCGAGAGUACCAAGAGAGCUUGCAGCGUGAUAUGGAGCGUAUUGCCAAGAGCAAGUCUGAAGAAGAAGCAGCGAAGAGGGCUCAAGAAGAGGAAGAGCGAAAGCAAAAGGAGACGGAGAAUCGUGUCGAGAAAGUGGAAAAAUACAAGAAGAGCCUUCUGGAAGACGACACUCCUUCCACCGGAGCACACGACCUCCUCAUCAGAUUUCCAACCGGAAAAAAGGUUAUCAAGUUCAAUGGUGACGACAGCAUUGAGAAAAUCUUCCAAGAAGCCUUGAAGUCUGAGAUGUGUCCAUUGUUCUUCCAAAUGCAUCAAAGUUUCCCAAAGAAAGCGGUCCCUUGCCUCCCACAAUGGUACUUUGACAUUCUCACAUUGGAGGAGCUUGAGCCAAAAGAAGAGUGCCGCUCCAACCAGUCGACUUUCGAACAAUCUGGAAUCACUCAUGGUUCCAUGGUCUACAUUGACAACUUGUGA